AUGAAUUAUUUUUGUCGAAACUUUAUGUCAACAGCAUACCAGACCCUGUCGUUUUAUGGUCCUAAUAAAUUCUUCAGCGAUUGUCGCGAACGUUCCUCGACACAUUGUUGCGACUUGAGAGAGGCUUUUGUCACGCUGCAGACGGCGACUCAAAUGACGGAAGAUAGGCGGCUUCCCCGAGUGUUCCUCCGCGGCUUAGAAGCGGAUUUGCGCGCUCUCUGUGCAGACGCACGAAAACGGAAUCCGGAAUUGAAAGACGACGCAGAGCGUGUCAUCUUAUCUUUAAAGGAGGCUGAUACAGUUGAUUCAGAAAGGGAAGCAGCUGAUGAGGCCGCUUCCGUAUUUUGCCAAGCGUGCGAAACGCUUGAUCUAAAAACUGGAAGUAGUGCGCUGAACCUGCAAGUGAAGGUUGCAUUGAGAGCUGUGUCUUGUCUUCACAAGUUACUAUCCCAUCGCGCAUUGUCACCAGAGCGUCUACCUGAAGUAUUGGACGCCCUACAACAACUUAGCUCUCCCCCACAAGAUGACAAUUUGACUCUUAAAGUCCUGCAAGGUUUGUUGAGCCUUCUGACCGUACGUUCUUACGCCAAGGCGUUGUGUGAGGAGGAUCUAUCGCGGGCGUUUUCGCUGCUUUUCACCUUGCGUACGUCCCGAUCGAAUACUGGUGGAACGGCUGCAUCCAAUGCAUUAUCUGCCAUAUCCCAACUGUCUAAUGGAAGUGAUGCGGGCGUCAUCGAACAGACUUCGAAAGCGGCCUUCCGUCAGGUUUCAUCAGACCUAUUUGCGUCUGCAUCAGACUCUGCUUUGAGGACGGCAGUUGAAAAGCAGUCGCCGUCUGGGGCAUUCAUUCCUUUGUCAGAAUUUCCAUGCGAAGCAAGAGCCGCACACAACCUCUUUUUAGACCUGUGCUACGCGGCCUCAAAUGAAGAGCUAUCAUGGCUCGCAUACGAAAAGAGUGCAAAUUCUUCUUUUCGAGCUCUAGAUUUGGCGCUGGCGUUAGAAGUCAUUGACGAUGGUCUCUCCAACAACAUUUCGCUUUUCGCUGGACAACAGGUGUUUUCUGAUGUCCUUUCCAGCCGACUUUGUCCAGUUCUUCACAAGCUAAUUCGGACGAUAAAAGACAAAUCAACCAUGAAGUCCUUACUCGGUCUUGUGGUUACGAUAACGCGCAACUACUGGAGGAUAUUGCGACCGGACUGUGAAGCACUUCUUUUUACCUUGACAAAAAUGUCUUCGACGUCGAAGAUAUCAUCAGGAGACGAGAUUCCUUGGGACUGCAUGUACGCGAUGGAGUCUUUGAGAUGCAUUGUAAAAGUUGUUCCUGGUGAACCUACUACCCUUGUUGAUUUCACCCAAGCCUUUGAUCUUCAGGAGGGUACCGGAGACUUGGCGGCCAGCAUCGUGGCUACAUCUUGCGAUGCUAUGGAAUUGGUAAACAGGGGAGAUAUUACGCCUUUACCAUCUUCGCCGUUGAACAGCACAAUGAAGCCUUUCGCCAACACUAUGACCAACUCAUAUGACCACUUGAUUUCCAUCGCAACAGGCCUCUAUUUGGAAAUCAUAAAUGGGGCGAAAGAAGCCGCCAAGAAAGGGCUGGAUGUUGUCGCCUGUACUCUAUUGAAAGACGACUCUACAGAGAGGGCUAUUCGCGUCCUUGAACAGAUUCUCACCGAUUCUCCCGGGAUAAGCAGUGCGAGAGGAUUACGUUUAGACGUUGACGGGCCUUUCGGUGCGGUCGAGGCGCUGUGUCGGGCUCUCGGUGAAAUUGCGGUGAUUGCAACAAAGUGCCAACUUGAUUCUUUACGGGAGGUGUCUCUAGGCGCGCUAUCUGGCUCCUGCAUGGGCAUCAUACGGAAUCGGCGAGCAACAUAUGUCACUGAAAAUGGAUUUGCGAAAAAGAUAGGAAUAAUGUAUGGUGUACUUUUCGAAGUGCAGGCCAGCUGCCGAGAAAGUUUGGGUCAGUCCUGGCUUCCUGUGAUGGAGGCAUUGGAGUAUCUUGACUUUUUGAUUCGGAAGGUGGAGGCAGUUGUCGAAAGAGAAGAAUCUCCCCUGCCAGCCGUCCUUGGGAAGUUGAAGCCACAGUUUGAUCGUGUUUUUACCGUCACAAAUGAACUGCAGUGGUCUUCAUGUCAUGACAUGAUAGCGGCUUUGGUUCAGUGUUCGCGCCACUCCGUUUCCGCACUCUCAAAGCGGAGCAAUACUGAUGACCAGGGGAAAACUGACGCCAGUACGAGCUUGAGAGUCUUUGGAAUUAGCAAAGCAGAAGUCACAAUUGUCAAUGCACUUCAGCGGCACAACACGGAGGCCGAUCCCAUUCCAUGCAAGUUGUGGCAGCUGCUCACCGGUCAUUUGACCUCAGUUUGCAAUGACUCUGUGUUUCCGUCACUGCGCCAGUUUGCUUUGAGCUCAUUGACAACAAUAGCAUGCGCAGCCAUCCCGAGUGGAAGCCCCAACGUUAUUGGCCAUGAAAAAAUUGUAAUGCCCUUUGUGGAUCUUCUCACGUCAUCCCAUUUAGAUGUCCGGCUGGGUUCCCUUUCUGCAGUAUAUACAGUCAUGGUGACACAGGGCGAGCGUUUAACGGGGGAGGCAGCCUGGACUGCAGUUUUAAAAAUACUGAGCAUCGCGGCAGGCUCCACAUUUGCACCUGGAACGAAUGAGCAUGCUGGUAAGGCCAAGAAAUGGUCAAAAAAUCGACCGUCCAUGCAGGCUAGCGGUUCUGGACAAGGACCUGCUCUUGAAAUGAUGUCAGAGGCAUUCAAAAUUGUCCAAGCCAUAGCCGACGACUUUUUGAGUUCACUAGUUGACAGCACACUCCCAGGAUGGAUUGAGAUUCUCGGCCUCUAUUCCCGGCAGGAUGACGAUGUCAAUGUUGCGUUGACUGCAAUUGGUUUAUUGUGGCGGACUGCCGAUUUUUUCGCGAAGAACACUAACCUGCAGGAUACAGAUGAAUUAUGGAUUCAACUGUUUGAGACGCUGAAAGGUAUCAGCACAGACGAUAGACCGGAAAUCAGGAAUUGUGCUGUGAAGACUCUAACAGGUAGCCUUUCAACUCAUGGUCUUCAACUCUCAGCGAUGGCCUGGAAAGGGUGUGUUGCUCACGCAUUAUUACCACUUUUGGAAGAAGUAAUGCGUGGUCGAGCGCACACUUCCCAAAGCGAUGAAAUAUCCUCUCUUGGAAAGAGUCGCGGAGAUGUGCAGCUUUUAUUGCACCACAGUCGCGAUACACCUCGAAAGCAAUGGAAUGAGACCAGGGUGUUGGCAUUAGCAGGUGUUGCUAAGGUGUUACGAGCUGCACUUCCUAGACUUACUGAAUUGAGGGAUCAGGCUGAACAGCCACUGUUCUUGAUGCUCACUGAUGGGGGAGCAGAUGGUUUGUGGAGAAAGAUGCUAAGAGCUGCAGGCGUUGCCGCUGGUAGUCGAGAUGGUGAAGUUGCGAUAGCCGGUGUUGCAGCAUUAAUAGAGCUGCUGCGAGCUGCUGGAUUCGCCGCUACCGAGGUACAAGAAAGAGAGAGCAUGUCACAUUCUCCAAAGGCUGUUUCACCCGCUGACGCGGCCGCUAUCAAGGGGCAAGCAGUUAGUGAAGGUACAACGUCAUCAUGGAUUUCCGGCGUAAUCGGAGGGUCUUCGGUCAAUGAUCAUGACACAGCUAAUCUCAGAGACUCCAACUCGAAUACAAGUAGAGACAGUUCUCAGAGCACAAUUUUAAUGUGGGAGGCAGUUUGGAGUGCGAUAGCGGAGGCGAUCGGCGUCGCAGACGAAGACGGAGCCCGAAGGCCUUGCGAGGGCAGCGCGGUCAAUGAGGAGUCGAAAAUUGUUGAUGAAAAAGCUUUGCAGAUGCUUGCCGAGGGUAUCCUGGAUGCAAGGGAUAGACUAAGCAGCAAGUUCACGUCAAGAAGUUCGAAGACAUUGGUUCAUGUCUUACUGCACUUGGCUCGAGGUGCACGAACCCAUCAAGCCGCACUGGCGGACCAAAACAGUUCUAACUUGACGCUCGUUCAAGAAAAAACUUUGGCAGGGAUGCGGACGCUGUCCUUUGGGAGCGACACCGCAAGUUGGGUGGGCCUUAUGAACGGUUUGUUGCAAAUUCUUGAAGAGCAAGGGGACAUGAUCAAUCAACCGAUGAAAUUAGAAAGACAGGUUUUGGAAAUAAUAGGUCACUUGUACGCAAGCGACGAUGUUCCGUCAGAGGUGAAGACGUCGAAACUGCGCUUUGUAUUGGAAACGGUUGGGAAGGUGAUGCUGCUACGGGGUGUUUCCGAAGAAACAGUUGGAAACCAAGCCUCGUCCAGCAGAAGUAAUGGUGCAUAUAUCGUUCCAAUUGAUAGCCAGAGCGGUGCACCUCUCUGGAUUUCGGCGACGGAAGUUGUAAUGAUGGCAAUGAAAUGCGGAAAUGAUUAUCAGUACGGCGCACAUAGUGAUGAGGUGUGGGAUGCUUUUGUAGGCAUUGUGGAAGAGUUUCUCUACUCUCCACAUCGCGUGCAACGAGAGCCGGAAUAUCGUCGAGAUAUUGAAGAAGGCGAUCGCGCCGAGAAGUGCGAUAUCAUACUUACAGGAUGUGUUCAAGAGGCGCUGAGUGCAAUGGACUUGAAGACGUCAUCGCCAAAGACUCAGAGACGGCUUGUUGGACUCCUUGCCAAGGGAGCUGAAGAGGGCAAGGCGAGCGGACGACCUCGAUAUGUGCGUUCAUGUCAGAAGCGUCUAUUCAAGCUAGCAAGUGGGGUGUGGGCGGGCAGAGUAGAAGUGAACGCCGAACUGGUGGAAAGCGUUGCUGAGGACUCAAACCAGUGUGUAGUUGAAAUGUGCGGGCGAGUGCUUGGUCAAUUUAUCGCAGAUGGACAAAGAGCAGGACGAUGCCCGCUUCCCGCGGCGAGGCGGGCGGAAGCUGUGUUUUUGCUACAGCAACUAAGAAGACUAAAUUCACACAACGCAAAGGGAGAGGAUGCAUUCUCAAAAAAGCACCUGGUUGUUUUAUACCCGCGUUUGUGUGAGUGUGUGGAUAGCAGAGACGAAGCCGUGCGACAGCUUGCUAGGGAGCUCCUCGACGCGACAGCGCCUGCCGGUGCAAGGGAACGGGGACCUAGCGAAAAUGCUACGUAUUGUACAGUAUAUAUUCGUACAGUAGACAUGGAGAUCGUCCUUUAUUGGAUGCGAAGUCGUGCAGACGCCAUUUCACAGAGCAGAUUUAUUGAUCAUUCCUGGAUAGGGUGCGAUACGUCCUCGAGAUGA